CCAGUAGUUCCUGGGAAAUGGAGUCCGAGCAACCCGCACCCGUAAAGGCUCGGUUUGCUCUAGGACUCCACUCCCCAGCGACCUCAGCGUGUAGCGUGCACCAUGGACCCGCGUGUCGCAGAACUAAAACAGAAGAUUGAGGAUAUACUGUGUCCUUUUGGCUUCGAGGUUUACCCUUUCCAGGUGGCAUGGUACAAUGAACUUCUGCCACCAGCCUUCCACCUGCCCCUGCCAGGACCUACUCUGGCCUUCCUGGUACUCAGCACACCUGCCAUGUUUGACCGGGCCCUCAAGCCUUUCUUGCGGAGCUGCCAUCUCCAACCCCUGACUGACCCUGUGGACCAGUGUGUGGCCUACCACUUGGGCCAAGUUCGAGAGAACCUCCCAGAGCUGCAGGUGGAAAUCAUUGCUGACUAUGAGGUACACCCCAACCGGCGCCCCAAGAUUCUGGCCCAGACGGCAGCCCACGUGGCAGGAGCUGCUUACUACUACCAACGACAAGAUGUGGAGGCUGACCCUUGGGGGACACAGCACAUAUCUGGUGUGUGCAUACACCCCCGAUUUGGGGGCUGGUUUGCCAUCCGAGGAGUAGUGUUGCUGCCAGGGAUAGAGGCACCUGACCUACCACCCAGAAAGCCCCCUGACUGUGUGCCUGCAAGAGCUGACCGCAUCACCCUGCUUGAAGGCUUCAAUUUCCAUUGGCGUGACUGGACUUACCGAGAUGCUGUGACACCCCAGGAGCGCUACUCAGAAGAGCAGAAGACCUACUUUUCCACUCCCCCUGCCCAACGCUUGGCCCUUCUGGGCUUGGCCCAGCCCUCACAGGAGCCUUGCCCUGCAUCCACUGAGCUUCCCCUAACCAUGUUCAUCUCCAAGAAACAGAAUCACAGAAAACCUCGGGGCUGGCUCAGCCCUAAAGGCUCACCUCCUGAAUCCCCAGGCCCUUGAUACCUUCCUUCCCUGAGGGAGCCCUUAUUUAUAAGCGGUACUUGCUGGGAUUGGGACCUCUUUGGCAUGUGUAGAACAAAGAGGUUCCAUUUUGGCUAUAAGAUGACUAUUUUUGAUAAUCAAGAUUUUCAGUGCAAGACGAAAAGGUUCCUUUGGUCAAGACAUCAAAGACAAGGCAGCUCUAGAAUUCCCAUCUGCCUUGGAAUAUGAGGUCUUUGUAUUUUUUUCUUUUUUGAGACUGGUUGCCCAGGCUGGCCUCAAAUUGUCUUCCUGCCUUGGCUUGCUCAGGCGCUGGGGUGAGGCAUUGUGCCACUUGCCUAAUAGAAGUUAACACUUCUAUGCAGUGCUCCAAGGUAAGAGCCUGAGGGCAACUGUGCCCUGAAUAGUACCUCACAAGGUUGCUGUAGGGACUAAAUAAAAUAUGUAAGUAAAUAAAUAAAAUAUGCACUCUAAAAUGGUACCAAGCAUAUAAGCAGAGAUGUUGGCUGUUACUGAAGGCUCUGGGAAUUUUGUAGUGCUACUCACAGGUAGUCUAGGUUCUGAAGGGGUGGGCAGCUUGAAGUGUCUGCAAGGGUACCAUGUAACACACAGGGACUGUUGGUUGGAUCCAAAUCUAUCAUAGCCCUAGCUACUUCCUCCCAGCUGAAAGUCCCCCUCAGGACAGUAAUAUAGAUGAGGGUCUAAAAAGACUAGCCUCCAAUAAAGACCAGUCCCCAGGGAAGGUGAAAGUGUCUUUUUUGUUUUUUGGGGGAGAGUUUUUGCUAUAGGGCAUGUGCACUUGCCAGAAA